GACUAGACAUAUUCGCUGAAUCCACCCGCAUCUCGACGUCGCCAACUUCUCGGAAAUCCAAAACACAGCCAUGUCGACAAAAACCAAGAAGCCUACGGGCAAGACCCAGCGCUCGGCCAUUGCCGACGUUGUCGCCCGCGAGUACACCAUCCACCUCCACAAGAGAUUACACGGUGCCACCUUCAAGAAGCGUGCUCCCAAGGCGAUCAAGGAGAUCAAGGACUUCGCUACCAAGGCCAUGGGAACUUCCGAUGUCCGUGUCGACCCCCAGCUCAACAAGAAGGUCUGGGAGCAGGGUGUGAAGGGUGUUCCUUACCGUAUCCGUGUGCGCAUCUCCCGGAGGCGAAACGACUCUGAGGAUGCCAAGGAGAAGCUGUACAGCUACGUUCAGGCCGUCAACACCAAGAACCCCAAGGGCCUGCAUACCGUCCUGGUUGAUGAGUAAAGAAUUGUUAUCUGUGGAACGACAAGGCGAAAAGGGACAAAACAAACAUAGGGUUUCUGGCGGCAUCUGGGCUUUACGGAGUUUUUGAUUGGCAUUAGCUUCAGACCUUCCUCAACAAUGAGCAAUGAGGGGUUCGACCAACACAACGCAAUGAUUUUCUCCAACCCAACCAGCGUCUACUGGAUGGGGGUUUUCACAUAGGAAUGGUUUGGACGCGUCUGCUGCCAUGUCUAGGGAUGAUCGUCUUGAUCUGCCAGUCUAGAGAGUAGACGACAUGAACGAUCGUAUUCCAGUGCACCGAUGAACUACAACUGCUUGUUAGACUAGAUCGCUGCCAUGCGGUCAUGAAAACGUCCCAAUGCCAGAGGACGACCAACCGUUCGGCUGAAUCAACUCAAUACCAUGCAAAACCCAUGUAUAAUGUAACAACAAGGGCAGGCAAAGAGAACUACAGAUAACGCUCAAGUACUCGACUCCCCAAUAAGAAAUUCAGAAAUGCCCAUUGUCCAACCGUUUUGAAAGGAGAAUAUCCCAAACAAAACCAAGCCAUCCCACCGGCUGCGUAAAAUCAUUAAUAAAGCUCCAAUUUACUCUUCGUCGAUG